AGCAGAAGAUUAUAAUACACUUAAAAUUACAAUGAGCCAAUUUCUUAAUAAUUUACAGUCUAUUAAAGAGGAUGGAAUGUUAAUUGCUAAUAUUCAUUGGAAAUUUCAAUUAUACUUUAGCUCUGAUUAG